UAGGGGGCGGGGCGCCGCUGGGGGUGGGUCCUGCGGCACCGCCCGGGAAGCUGCAAGAGGCUCGCCGGCGGCCACCACAUCCUCCUCCUUCUGGUCCCGCGAGUGUAACCCGGCCAGGCCCAAGCUGCGGCUCCGACGGCGUGGGCGAGCGACGUCGAGCCAUGGCGCACCAGACGGGCAUCCACGCCACAGAGGAGCUUAAGGAAUUCUUUGCCAAGGCACGGGCUGGCUCUGUCCGGCUCAUCAAAGUCAUCAUCGAGGACGAGCAGCUCGUGCUGGGUGCCUCGCAGGAGCCCAUGGGCCGCUGGGACCAAGACUAUGACAGGGCUGUGCUGCCGCUGCUGGAUGCUCAACAGCCCUGCUACAUGCUCUUCCGCCUCGACUCACAGAACGCUCAGGGCUUCGAGUGGCUCUUCCUCGCCUGGUCACCUGAUAAUUCCCCUGUGCGGCUGAAGAUGCUUUAUGCCGCCACACGGGCCACAGUGAAGAAGGAGUUUGGGGGCGGCCACAUCAAGGAUGAGCUCUUUGGCACAGUGAAGGAUGACCUCUCCUUUGCUGGGUACCAGAAGCACCUAUCAUCCUGUGCUGCCCCCGCCCCUCUGACUUCCGCAGAGAGAGAGCUCCAGCAGAUCCGUAUCAAUGAGGUGAAGACGGAGAUCAGUGUGGAAAGCAAGCACCAGACACUGCAGGGCCUCGCCUUCCCCCUUCAGCCUGAGGCCCAGCGGGCACUUCAGCAGCUGAAGCAGAAGACCAUCAACUACAUUCAGCUGAAGCUGGACCUGGAGCGGGAGACCAUCGAGCUGGUGCAUACAGAGCCUACAGAUGUGAUCCAGCUGCCCUCCCGGGUACCCCGAGAUGCUGCCCGCUACCACUUCUUCCUCUACAAGCACACCCAUGAGGGUGACCCCCUUGAGUCUGUGGUGUUCAUCUACUCCAUGCCGGGCUACAAGUGCAGCAUCAAGGAGCGCAUGCUCUACUCCAGCUGCAAGAGCCGCCUGCUUGACUCCGUAGAGCAAGACUUCCAGCUGGAGAUCUCCAAGAAGGCUUCCUGCCGAAGGAUCCCGCAGCCCCUCUCUCUUCUAGUGCAGGCUGUGGCACUGGCUGAAGCCCUGGCCCUGGGAGCCCUGCCUGCCUUCCUACCCUGUGAGCUCCAGCCCCAUGGUGUGGUGAACUGCAACUGGCUGUUCCUGAAGUCUGUGCCCCGCUUCUCUGCAGCAGCGCCUCGAAGCAAUGUCACUAGCCUUUCUUUGCUCUCCAACCGCAUCCACCACCUCCAUAACUCUGACUUUGUCCACCUGCCCAACCUGCGGCAUCUCAACCUUAAGUGGAAUUGCCCGCCGACUGGCCUUAGCCCCAUGCACUUCCCCUGCCACAUGACCAUCGAACCCAAGACCUUUCUAGCUGUGCCCACCCUAGAGGAUCUGAACCUGAGCUACAAUAGCAUCACCACUGUUCCUGCCCUGCCCAGCUCCCUUGUGAACCUGACCCUGAGCCACACCAAUAUCCUGGUGCUGGACUCCACCAGCCUCACUGGCCUGCCUGCCCUGCGUGUCCUCUUCAUGGAUGGCAAUUGCUACUACAAGAACCCAUGCCAUCAGGCACUGGAGGUGGCCCCAGGUGCCCUCCUGGGUCUGGGCAACCUCACCCACCUAUCGCUCAAGUACAACAACCUCACAAAGGUGCCCCGUGACCUACCACCCAGUCUUGAGUUCCUGCUGCUGUCCUACAACCACAUUUUUAAACUGGAGCCUGGGGACCUGGUCAACCUGACUGCCCUUCGAGUGCUUGAUGUGGGUGGAAACUGUCGCCGCUGCGAUCAUGCCCGCAACCCUUGUGUGGAGUGCCUUAACAAAACCCUCCAGCUGCACCCCAACACCUUCAGCCACCUCAGCCACCUUGAAGGCCUGGUGUUGAAGGACAGUUCUCUCCACACUCUGGAACCCAGAUGGUUCCGAGGUCUGGAGAACCUCACAGUGCUAGACCUGAGCGAGAACUUUCUCUAUGACUCCAUCACCAAAACCAGGGCCUUCCAGGGCCUGGCACGGCUGCGAAAGCUCAACCUGUCCUUCAAUUACUGCAAAAGAGUGUCCUUUGCUCACCUGCAGCUAGCACCCUCCUUUGGGAACCUGACCUCCCUGCAGGAGCUAGACAUGAAUGGCAUCUUCUUUCGGUCACUCAGUGAGAACACACUAAAGCCACUGACCCACUUGCCCCUGCUCCAGACUCUUAAUCUGCAGAUGAAUUUCAUCAACCAGGCCCAGCUCAGCAUCUUUGGGGCUUUCCCUGGCCUUCGCUUUGUGGACCUGUCAGACAACCGCAUCAGUGGAGCUCCAACCCAGAAGGGCCUUGGGGAGGCGGAUGACAGGGAGCAGGUCUGGCUGGGGCCUGAGGACCUUGCUCCAGCCCCGCUGGGCAACCCCACGUCUGAAGACUUCAUGCCUAGCUGCAAACACUUCCCAUUCACCUUGGACCUGUCUGGAAACAACCUGGUGACUGUGAAGUCAGAGAUGUUCACCAACCUCUCUCGCCUCCAGUGUCUGAUCCUGAGCCACAACUGUAUUGCACAGGCUGUCAACGGCUCACAGUUCCAGACACUGACCAGUCUACAGGUGUUGGACGUGUCCCAUAACAAGCUGGACCUGUACCAUGGGCACUCAUUCACAGAGCUGCCACAGUUAAAGGCCCUGGAUCUCAGUUACAACAGUCAGCCCUUCGGCAUGCAGGGCAUAGGCCACAAUCUCAGCUUUGUGGCCCGGCUGCACAAACUGCAGUACCUCAGCCUGGCUCACAAUGGCAUCAACAGCCGUGUGAACCCUCGACUCUGCAGCAGCUCCCUGCGGGCCCUGGACUUCAGUGGCAACACCGUAAGCAGCAUGUGGGCUGAGGGAGACCUCUACCUCCACUUCUUCCAAGGCCUCCAAGGCCUCCUCUGGCUGGACCUGUCCCACAACCACCUGCAUACCCUCCUCCCCUGCAACCUGGACAGCCUCCCCAAGAGCCUGACACUUCUGCUUCUCCGUGACAAUUACCUGGCCUUCUUCAACUGGAGCAGCCUGGUCCUCCUACCCAAUCUGCAGACCCUGGACUUGGCAGGAAAUCAGCUGAAGGCCCUGACCAAUGGCACCCUCCCCAACGGCACACAGCUGCAGAGGCUGGACGUCAGCGGCAACAGCAUCAGCUUUGUGGCUUCAGGCUUCUUUGCACUGGCUACUAAGCUGCGGGAGCUCAACCUCAGUGACAACAUCCUCAGGACAAUUGACUCCUCCUGGUUUGGGACCCUGGCAGGCAGCCUGAAAGUCCUGGACGUGAGUGCCAACCCCCUCCACUGUACCUGUGGGGCAGCCUUUGUGGACUUCCUGCUGGAGGUGCAGGCCGCUGUGCCUGGCCUGCCCAAUCACAUAAAGUGUGGCAGCCCCAGCCAGCUGCAGGGCCGCAGCAUUUUCGCACAGGACCUGCGCCUCUGCCUGGAUGAGGCCCUCUCCUGGUACUGCUUUGGCCUUUCACUCCUGGUGGUGGCUCUGGGCCUGGUGGUGCCAGUGCUGCAGCACCUUUGCGGCUGGGACCUCUGGUACUGCUUCCACUUGGGCCUGACCUGGCUCCCCAGGUGGGGCCCAAGUGGUGCCCAAGCCCUGCCCUAUGAUGCCUUUGUGAUCUUCGACAAGACACAGGGUGCAGUGGCCGACUGGGUGUACCAGGAGCUGCGGGUGCAGCUGGAGGAGCGCCGUGGGUUCCGGGCGCUGCGCCUGUGCCUGGAGGAGCGCGACUGGGUGCCUGGAAAGACGCUCUUUGAGAACCUGUGGGCCUCCAUCUAUGGCAGCUGCAAGACAGUCUUUGUGCUGGCCCACACUGACCGGGUCAGUGGCCUCCUGCGCACCGGCUUCCUGCUGGCCCAGCAGCGCCUGCUGGAGGACCGCAAGGACAUCGUGGUGCUGGUGAUCCUCAGCCCUGAUGCCCACCGCUCCCGCUAUGUGCGGCUGCGCCAGCGCCUCUGCCACCGGAGUGUCCUCUUCUGGCCCCAGCAGCCCAGGGGUCAGGGCAGUUUCUGGGCCCAGCUGAGCACAGCCCUGACAAGGGACAACCGCCACUUCUAUAACCAGAACUUCUGCAGGGGACUCGCAGCUGAGUAGCCCAGUGACCAUUGGGUGUGGCUCCUCUGGCUCUUCCCUCGCUGCUUGCCCCCAGUGUGCGCCCUGCCUUGCCCCACAGCUCUACUGCUUUGCUCCCCACUCUGUGCAGCCAGCAUACAGCAGAUGCUCAAUAAAU